CAGUGCGGGAAGGGGCCGGGUGGGAAGGGGCCGGCGGCGGCGGCGGCGGCGGGCAUGGACUCGGGCGGCAGGAACUCCUCGGGCGCCCCGAACAGCACCCUGGGCGAGUCCCAGGGCAGCGCCAUCCUCAUCUCCUUCAUCUACUCCGUGGUGUGCCUGGUGGGGCUCUGCGGCAACUCCAUGGUCAUCUACGUGAUCCUGCGCUACGCCAAGAUGAAGACGGCCACCAACAUCUACAUCCUCAACUUGGCCAUUGCGGAUGAGCUACUGAUGCUCAGCGUCCCCUUCCUGGUCACCUCCACCCUGCUGCACCACUGGCCUUUUGGCUCGCUGCUCUGCCGCCUGGUGCUCAGUGUGGAUGCCAUCAACAUGUUCACCAGCAUCUACUGCCUGACAGUGCUCAGCGUGGAUCGCUACAUCGCUGUGGUGCACCCCAUCAAGGCAGCUAGGUACCGCCGGCCCACUGUGGCCAAGAUGGUGAACUUGGGUGUCUGGGUGCUCUCCAUCCUCAUCAUCCUGCCCAUCAUCAUCUUCUCCAACACGGCAGCCAACAGUGAUGGCACAGUGGCUUGCAACAUGCUGAUGCCAGAGCCCACACAGAGGUGGCUGGUGGUCUUUGUGGUCUACACCUUUCUCAUGGGCUUUCUGCUGCCUGUGGUGGCCAUCUGUCUCUGCUACAUUCUCAUCAUCGCCAAGAUGCGCAUGGUGGCCCUGAAGGCCGGCUGGCAGCAGCGCAAGCGCUCAGAGCGCAAGAUUACCCUCAUGGUCAUGAUGGUGGUGAUGGUCUUCGUCAUCUGCUGGAUGCCCUUCUACAUUGUGCAGCUGGUCAAUGUCUUCGUAGAGCAGGAUGAUGCCACUAUAAGUCAGCUCUCUGUCAUCCUGGGCUAUGCCAACAGCUGUGCCAACCCCAUCCUCUAUGGAUUUCUCUCGGACAACUUCAAGCGGUCCUUCCAGCGGCUGCUCUGCCUCAGUUGGAUGGACAAUGCUGCAGAGGAGCCCAUCGACUACUAUGCCACUGCUCUCAAGAGCAGGGCUUAUAGCGUGGAGGACUUCCCCCCCGACAACUUGGAGUCAGGGAGCAUGUACAGGAAUGGCACUUGCACCUCCAGGAUUACCACCCUCUGA